AUGGCUGCUCCAAAGAAUUACCAGAGACGCGGCGAGCUGGUCCUGCUGUGCGCGCUCAUGGGCACACUGUGGGAAAUCGGGAGAGGACAGAUCCAUUAUUCGGUGCCAGAAGAGAGCGACAAAGGAUCCUUCGUGGGUAACAUCUCCAAGGACCUGAAUCUGGAGUCACAAGAGCUGGUGAAGCAUGGAGUCCGCAUCGUCUCCAGAGGUAGGACGCAGCUUUUUGCUCUGAACCGGAAAACUGGCAGGUUGCUCACCGCGGGCAGGAUAGACCGGGAGGAGCUUUGUGCUCAAAACAUGCAGUGUUUAGUAAAUAUUAACAUCCUGGUUGAGGGAAGAGGAAAACUUUUUGGGAUAGAAAUAGAAAUCACUGAUAUCAAUGAUAAUAACCCAAAAUUCCAGGUCGAAAAUCUGGAAAUGAAAAUUAAUGAAAUCGCUGCACCUGGAACACGUUAUCCACUCCCAGAGGCUGUUGACCCGGACGUGGGCAUUAAUUCCUUGCAGAGCUACCAGCUCAGCCCCAAUCACCACUUCUCCCUGGACGUGCAAACUGGAGGCGACGGAACUCUACACCCAGAACUGGUGCUGGAGAAGGCCCUGGACCGUGAGGAAGAGGCUGCUCACCACCUGGUCCUCUUCGCCUCGGACGGCGGUGACCCCCGUCGCUCCAGCACAGUGCACAUCCACGUGACAGUGCUGGAUACAAACGACAAUGCCCCGGUUUUUGCUCUACCGAUUUACCGAGUGAAAGUCCCAGAGAACGUGCCCCCGGGCACCCGGCUGCUUACUGUGAGCGCUAGCGACCGGGAUGAGGGAGCCAACGGAGAAGUAGCCUAUAAGUUCUGGAAAAUUAGUGAAAAACAGUCUCCGUUAUUCCGGCUGAAUGAAAAUACUGGGGAAAUAUCAACGGCAGAGAGUCUAGACUAUGAAGAAUGUGCAUUUUAUGAAAUGGAAAUACAAGCUGAAGAUGUGGGGGCACUUUUGGGGAGGACCAAAGUGCUCAUUUUGGUGGAAGAUGUGAAUGACAAUAGACCGGAAGUGAUCAUUACAUCUCUGUUUAGCCCAGUCUUGGAAAAUACUCUUCCUGGAACAGUAAUUGCCUUCUUGAAUGUGCAUGACCGAGACUCUGGGAAGAAUGGUCAAGUUGUCUGUAACACACCUCAUAAUUUACCUUUUCAAUUGGAAAAAUCAAUAGAUAAUUAUUAUAGAUUGGUGACAUGGAAAUAUCUGGACCGAGAAAAGAUCUCUGUGUACAAUAUCACAGUGAUGGCCUCAGAUCUAGGGACUCCAUCUCUAUCUACUGAAAUGCAUAUCACCCUGUAUGUGGCGGAUAUCAAUGACAAUCCCCCCACUUUCCCUCAAGUCUCCUAUUCAGCCUAUAUCCCAGAGAACAACGCCAGAGGUGCCUCCAUCUUCACUGUGAUGGCUCAUGACCCCGACAGUGGCAAAAAUGCCCAGGUGACUUACUCUGUGACUGAGGACAUCAUCAUGGGAAGCCCUCUCUCCUCCUAUGUCUCCAUCAACUCAGACACUGGCAUCCUAUAUGCACUGUGCUCCUUUGACUAUGAGCAUAUACGAGACUUGCAGUUACUGGUGACAGCCAGCGAUGGCGGGGACCCUCCACUCAGCAGCAACGUGUCACUGAGCUUGUUUGUGCUGGACCAGAACGACAACACACCAGAGAUCCUGUACCCCGCGCCCCCCACCGAUGGUUCCACCGGCGUGGAGCUGGCGCCCCGCUCCGCAGAGCCCGGCUACCUGGUCACCAAGGUGGUGGCAGUGGACAGAGAUUCGGGCCAGAACGCCUGGCUGUCCUACCGCCUGCUCAAGGCAAGCGAGCCAGGGCUCUUCGCGGUGGGGUUGCACACGGGCGAGGUGCGCACGACGCGGGCCCUGCUGGACAGAGACGCGCUCAAGCAGAGCCUGGUGGUGGCGGUGCAGGACCACGGCCAGCCCCCUCUCUCGGCCACCGUCACGCUCACCGUGGCUGUGGCCGACAGCAUCCCAGCCGUCCUGGCCGACUUGGGCAGCAUCAGGACCCCCGCCGACCCAGACGAUUCGGACCUCACGCUGUAUCUGGUGGUGGCGGUGGCGGCAGUCUCGUGCGUCUUCCUGGCCUUUGUCAUCGUGCUGCUGGCGCUCAGGCUGAGGCGCUGGCACGCGUCGCGUCUGCUCCAGGCCUCCGGAGGCGGGCUGGUGGGCGUGCCGGCCUCGCACUUUGUGGGCGUGGACGGGGUGCGGGCUUUCCUGCAGACCUAUUCCCACGAGGUCUCCCUGACCGCGGACUCGUGCGAGAGUCACGUGAUCUUCCCCCAGCCCAACUACGCGGACACGCUCAUCAGCCUGGAGAGCUGUGAGAAAAAUGAUUCCUUGCUAACAUCCGUAGACUUUCAUCAAUGUAAGGAUGAAGCUGCUGCUUCUGUUCAGGUGAGUUCAGUUCUUUGUUCACGUUUAAUUCUCAAAGGAAUU